AUGGCCUCGCGACGCCGCACGCUCCUCAAGGUCAUCAUCCUCGGCGACAGCGGGGUUGGGAAGACGUCCUUGAUGAACCAAUAUGUGAACAAGAAGUUCAGUAACCAGUACAAGGCUACCAUCGGCGCGGAUUUCCUCACAAAGGAGGUGCAAUACGAGGAUAGGCUCUUCACUCUGCAGAUAUGGGAUACUGCUGGACAGGAAAGGUUUCAGAGUCUUGGUGUUGCAUUCUACCGUGGAGCAGACUGUUGCGUUCUAGUUUAUGAUGUCAAUUCAAUGAAAUCAUUUGAUAAUCUGAACAACUGGCGCGAAGAAUUUCUGAUCCAGGCUAGUCCGUCUGAUCCUGAUAACUUCCCUUUUGUUCUGCUGGGAAACAAAGUUGAUAUUGAUGGUGGCAAUAGCCGCGUGGUCUCUGAGAAGAAGGCAAAGGCUUGGUGCGCCUCAAAAGGCAACAUCCCUUACUUUGAGACAUCUGCGAAAGAAGGGACAAAUGUAGAAGACGCUUUUCAGUGCAUUGUAAAGGAUGCUCUGAAGAAUGAACCAGAAGAAGAAUUGUACAUUCCUGACACUGUCGAUGUGGUGGGUGGCAACCGCACCCAAAGAUCAUCAGGCUGCUGCUAA